AUGGGCCGAAAACAUGCGAAUCCGCUCACCAAUCCUCUCCACUAUGCCAGUCCGCAGCUGCUGGUGGGACCACCGGCCACCUACGCCGCGGCUCAGCGAAGCCUGACGAGCUAUGACUAUGUCAUCGUUGGCGCCGGAGCAGCAGGCUGCGUCCUCGCCAGUAAAUUAUCCGAAGACAAAAAUGUGUCCGUUCUCGUCCUCGAGGCCGGUGGCGACAAUCGCAAAGUCUUUGAGAGCAAAGUGCCGCUCAUGUUCUCGAAAUUGUUCCACACCCCGCAUGAUUGGGACUACUACACAGUCGAACAGUCCCAGUUGGCAAACCGAUCUCUUUACUGGCCUCGAGGCAAGAUUCUCGGAGGGUCAUCUUCCAUGAAUGCCAUGAUGUAUCACCACUGCUCCCCAUCCGACUUUGACGAAUGGGCCAACAGGCAUGGCUGCAAGGGCUGGAGUCACGCCGAUCUGGUGCCUUACUUCCGCAGCAUGGAGCGAUUCACCCCCCACCCGGGGCGACCUCCCAUCGACGCCCAGUAUCGGGGGUCCGUCGGUCAGUGGAUGACGGGGUAUUCCUGGCUUUCGGAGAUCGUCGAGAAGGGGUUCCUACCGGCCUGUGCCGAUGUGCAGAUUCCAUCCGUCGCAGAUGUCAAUACCCACCAAGGUUCGCUGGGGGUGACCCGGUUCCAGACCUUCAUCGAUCCCAAGGGACAACGCUCCUCUUUGGCAACGGCGUUCCUCACACCGGAAGUCCUGGCCCGACCCAAUCUAUACGUGGCGUGUAAUGUCCACGUGAACCGGGUGCUGUUUGAUCAAAUUACCACCGAGGAGCCGACGGCGAUUGGAGUCGAGCUCCAGAGCACUCGCGGGAGCCCGCGCUUUGAGGUCCACGCCCGACGAGAAGUCAUCCUCAGCGGAGGCGCCAUCAACACCCCCCAGACACUGCUACUGAGUGGCAUCGGGCCGGCCGAGGAGCUGAAGAAGCACGGCAUUCCGAUCGUCAAGGAGAACAAUGCGGUGGGCCGCAACUUGAAAGACCAUCUCUGCACCACGCCCAUCACCAUCAAAGCCAAGGAUGGCUAUACGCUGGAUUACCUAGGCAACGACCUCAAGGCGUUGCCGGCACUCGCACGCUGGUUACUGACCGGUGGUGGCCCAUUGACCAGUAACGUGGGCGAGGCUGCCGCCUUCAUUCGAUCCGUCGACUACAGCUUCCCUCUGGCCAUGAAUGCGACCAAGGACAACGCGUCCAGCACUAAUGCACCAGAUCUGGAGAUCAUCGGAGCACCCAUCUGUUUCCUGCAUCAUGGCGAGGAGAAGCCUCUAAACGACAGUAGCAUCUUCACUUUGGUCCCCAUUGGUCUUCGGCCCGAGAGUCACGGCACCAUCACCCUUCGUAGUCGCGAUGUAUUUGAUCCGCCCCUCAUCGAUCCGCGAUACCUCACCGACGAAGGCAACAACGACCGCAACGUCCUCCUCGUCGGCCUGCGCGUCUGUCUCAAAAUGAUGCAAAGCCCCGCCUUCAAAGCAUACUUUGAUCCCGUCCCCAUCAACGACGACCCCACCUCCUACUGGUGGCCCUACUCCAGCAGCAACCCCGACGCCAUCACCGACGACCAACUCCGCCGCUUCAUGAACGAAAAGGCAUUCACCCUGUACCACCCCGUCGGCUCAGCACGGAUGGGCUCCUCGCCCGCCACAAGCGUAGUCGAUCCCGAAUGCCGCGUGCACGGCGUGAAAGGUCUCCGUGUGAUGGACGCCAGUGUCUUCCCCGAACAGAUCAGCGGUCAUCCUACGGCUCCGAUUGCGGCGAUGGCGGCCAAGUUGAGCGCAAUGAUUGCCCACGGGGCUGUGGCGGCCGGUCCGAUUCGUGCGAAUUUGUAG